GUAGUAGCUGAAGAAGAAUCUGGAAAGGAAAAAAAAAAAAAAAAGAGUAGAACUCAACUCUCUCUUUGUCCAAAUUACGGCGAUUUUUCAUUUAAUCAGAUAGACUAAUUAUACUUCUGAUUUUAGUGAAUUUGUGAUUGUUUUUGGAAGAAUUUAGUGAAUUUUUUUGUUAGAUUUUUCAUUUUUGAGCUGUGUUGGAUAGAAAUUAGAGUUUUGAUUUUGUGUAAAUCAAGAGAUUGAUUUUGGUUGAAGAUGCAAAUAGAUCGAUUUGAACAAGGAUAAAGAAGUAAUCAAAUGACAGAUUGGUCUGAAUAUCAGCUUGAUGAGUUUGUAUGGGAUGAGUUUAAAGAGAGUGGUGACCAUAUAGUUCCUCAUCCCGGUAAUGAACAAAUCAAUCAUGGUACUUCUCGUGACGAUUCUUGUAAGAAGCGGUUAAAAUCUGUUAGAAAUAGUUCAGAUAGUGAUAUUGGAGCUAGGGAUACUGAAAACAAGGAGAUGAGUUGUGCAACUGUAAAUGAAGCAAGGGGUCAGAUGCUGGAAAAUCAUUCCUGGUCUUGUAUGCUUAAUGAUUCCUGUCAGACUGAUUCUACGAAAGAAAUGGCUAGUUUAGGUGAUGGGAACUGUAUUAAUGGUAACAAUAAUGGUGCUAAGCUGGGAAAUAAUGGUGCUUCUGCUUCAGUUAAUGGAAGUCUGUCUCAAUUCACACUUGAUAUUUCAGCAGCAAACACUGACAUGGAGCUUUUUGGUAAUGACCAUGAGGAGAAGGACAAUGCUUUUCUUUCUUAUUAUGGAUGGCCUGAUAUUGGCAAUUUUGAGGAUGUCGACAACAUGUUUAGAACCUGUGAUUCUACGUUUGGUCAAGGAGACAUAACUACUGCUGGUGAUGAUUUCUCAUGGUUUCCACCAUCCUCGAAGGCAAUUGAUGGCUCUGAAGAUGCUCUCAAGUCAGGGUUCAAAUCUCCCUGUUCAGAUUUGAGCAAAGUGAAACAUGAGGAAGCGGAAUUCAAAUUCAUGCCUGUUACCGCUACUCAAGUGGCCAAUGAAACUGAUCAAAUCACCGCUCCCAAUGAUUAUGCUGUGGGUUUACAGCCCAUGGAUGGUAGUGAUUAUGCUAAUCUGGGUUUCUCAUACUGUAACAUGGUGGAUACGAAUGUUGAAUCCUCUGUGCCAAUGGAACAGGUCAAUUUUCAAGAAAAACAGUUACAGAACCACAACCAAAUUGAAGGGAAAAGAGUGGACAGUUCUUCGGAGCAUUUAAGUAGUGGUUCUUUUCAAAGUUCUCGCACAACAGAACAAUUUUCAAAUUUUAUAACUGAGGAGGCUGGUUUUGCACUAUUGUCCUUAAAAGCUUGCGACACAUGGAAUCUUUUGCAGCAGGUAGAAAGGCCAUCCAAUCCUUCUCUAAAUGCUUCGUCUAUGAUGCUGGAAGAAAAGAGUCACUCACAUCAGCAAACACUACCCACUUCUGAUGCUCAUCUUGCAGUCACGAAGCAGCUGCAGAACAUUCAAGAUAGAGUUGGGAACUGUAGUGAUCCAGAUUCUUCAUGUGUACUUGAAGGCUCUAGCAAUAACUCCAUGUCAACAGAUGAAAGCUCUCUAGAAGCCACUAGUUUCCGGCAGCUAAAUUAUGUCAUGGAACAGUUGGAUCUCAGAACAAAGCUAUGCAUCAGAGACAGUUUAUACCGCUUGGCAAGAAGUGCAGAGCAGAGAAACAAUUUUGAAAACUCAAACAAUUGUUUCGUGGAUGGUGGUGAUAGAAAUGAUGCACAGAUGACUGGAGACACAAAUAAGAGCUUCAUAUUUAUGGAUAUUGAAACAGAUACGAACCCGAUAGAUCGUUCGAUAGCACAUUUACUUUUCCACAGACCUAAAGAUCCUGCUGAAGGUGCCAAAUUCACGGAGUUCCGUAGCAUAGGGUCUACUCAGCCUAUGGUGCCUGGGAAACUGGUUAGUCAGGAAGAAGUCCCUAGAGUGAUGGAUACGAAGCUGGUGUAUAAAGAUCGUUUUUAAGAAAAUUGUUAAGUUCCCAACUUAAUCACCGUGUACCAAGCCUGUAUCAUGCUUUACAUGAAAGCCUGAGGCUGUAUCCACCACUUCCUAUUUUGUAAAUGAAGAUGUGUAUCCACCCAAAUGGGACUGUUAGCAAGAAUCUUUAUAUCAAUGUAUGUAUUGGCAAAGUCAGGAAGAAGUCCCUGGAGUGAUGGAUACGGAGUUGGUGUAUAAAAUCACCAAGGUCUCAACUUAAUCACUGUGUACCCAGCCUGCAUUUUGAUGCUAGUUCUGCUUACCUAAAUACUCUUGAGUGUACAUUGAGAUGAGCGUAUUGUCUUUUUUUAUAAUCACUGAAAGCUAUUUAAACAAAACCCAUCCGUCUCUCUACCUAUUGCUAGCUAAUUGUACAAUCUAUGAGAAGAUGAUCAACAAA